UCUUAUAUUAUAUAUCCCCAACUGGUCAAAGCCACAUUACAAUAUUGAACAUUAAAAACAAUCUAACCUUUAUAAUUUGGAAUAAAAAGGUUUCAGUUAUUGCAGACUGAACGUUAAACAUCUUAAUAUACCUAAAGGACUCUCCAGAAGUAGAGAAAAAAGAAAUAGAACAAUGGAACAUCUUGAUUUGACCCUCAGCAACAUGGAGAACAGUCGUUUUGUCGCCCGUUAUAGCAGCUUAAUCAAGGAGAUAGCAGGCAAUUCCAAUAUGUCGCUCGCGGAUAUCACAUGUCUGGUACUCGUUUAUUACAAGUUCGUAAAGUUGCUAGGACCCUCGGCCAAACUGAUGCAGAAGAGACAGUUCUAUACGAUAUACCUGGUCUUCUUUGGCGUGUCCGAUAUCCAGGUCAUCGAGCGUAGUAUGUUGGCCCUCACAAAGGACUUCACGUUUGUGGGUCCCCAGUCCUGGGUUCAGCUUUUCGAUCUCUAUACAACGGAUGACAUCAAUGUGCGCAUGCGCUUUGCCUUUGAAGUAUACGACACUAAGGGCACCGGAGUCAUUGAUCGCGAGCAAGUUGGCGUUGCCUGCGACAAGUUCUUUGAAGGCGAUGAUGAAGAUGAAAUAAAUGAGCUCAAGGCGGACAUGAUUGAGUUUCUCAUGAAGAAAUUCGACCUGGACAAGGAUGGAUUCAUUUCUUUCGACGACUACUCCACCGUUGUAACCAAACAGCCAACUUUGAUCGAAUUCUUGGGAUGGGUUUUUCCGUCUAAGUAUGACUUGGAGCUAAUGGCUCACGUCGUCAACUUUGAUUCCAUUCUGAAGUUAUAGACUUAACCCAUAUAGUUGAACGUUGCGACCUUAAUAUCACUUUAUACAAAUAUUUGU